CAGUCAGAAAAAAUAGUUUUGAUAAAUAAAACUACAAAAAUAAUUCGGUGGAGAAAGGUUUAGUGUUAUAGGAAGUUUUCUAACACUUUUUUAAGUAUCCUGCCCUGUAAAUACGCCCAUGGCGAUACUUAUUUCAAUGUCGAAGGUCCACCUCCUUUGACAAAUGGAAAUUAGUCCUUAAUUAGCUCAUAUAAAAUGGAUAGGAUUGUAAAAACAGAAAUAAAAAAGGAGGAUAUCACGGGAAUUCCUUCUGCUGCGCUCCAUGGCAUCGAAAGUACCCUGCAGGACCAAGGCGAAUCAGACUUGGAGGAGGAGGACUGGACGGAGGCGGACCUGGAGCUGUCCUCUUACCAGGAUGUGGACACGGAUGACUCGGAUGUGACCCUCACGCAGGCCCAGAGUGCGCACAGCAUGCCCUUGAGCGAUGCCUCGAUGCGCAAGUAUCCUUUCAAGCUGAAGCAAAACGAAUGCGGAAACAUCCUGACUGUACACCACACGGUCAAGGAGGCAGGUCAGCAACUGCGCAUCCAGAUAGCCGCCUGCUGCUUCAACGAGCUAAGCAACAAACUGGUGGUGAUUGACAAGCGUGGCAACAUCUUUGUAUUCGACUUUGUGAGCAAGCGCUACUGGCGCCUGGGAUUCCUGAUGCCCAGGGCCAAGCUGAUCCGGCCAUCUCCCCUGCACAUUAGCGACUAUUAUGUGGGCAACAAAACGGGUCAUGUUUUCAUCAUAGACGUGGACAACUCCAUUCUUGGGGCCCAUGGAGAGGUGGGCAACGCAGCUCUAGAGGAGCUAAGCUGGAGCAAUCGCCUGCAGAAUCCGCGCUCCUCCAAUGCCUUGAUGCGCUUUGGUAGCGAGGCUGUCCUAGUGAACCUGCACAGCCUGGAGGUCUCACAUCAGCUAGAUUUCGAUGAAUCGCGCUACACGCUAAAGUUUGCCGCCUUCCUGCCAAACUCCGACCAGUUCUUCAUAGGAUUCUCCAAUGAUUCGCUGCAUGUUUGGUCCUCACACUCACUGUGCACCUUGCGGAUGGCCCAACCGAUCAAGGCCAGAAAUCGGAAGCUGAGACUUCUGCCAGCGGGUGAAACCAUUCCGGAAAUAGUCCUGCGAGGUGCGGAUGACAGCGAUCUGGAGGACGACUUAACGUUCGACUGCCAGGACUAUGACUUUGCCGAUGGUUCGUUGCUCAACUACUGCUUCACGCCCGAUGGCAACAAGAUGUGCCUGAGUACCUUGGACGGCUACCUUCUAGUGCUCAGUGUGGCCUCCUUCGAUCUGGAGAAGCUCUAUCGCUUGACUGACUUCACCCUUUGUCAAAUGGCUUUUCUGGCCCAGCCAAAGGAGCGUAUAGUGUUUGGAAUCACGUCCAGAAACCAAGCCGUCAUGCUGGAUCUGAUCAACACGGACCACAAGCUGGUCGUGCAACGCUCCAAUGCGAUUAGUUUACGCCUGAGCCGGGAUGGCAAGCUGCUGAGUGUUACCUCCCGCUGCGGGGAGGUGAAUGUGUGGUCCACCUGCCGCCUGUUCAACGCCUUGCAAGUUCAGACCCGCUGUCUCAACCAAAUGAAGUCCACCUUCAAGCAGCUGAAACCGCUGCCGCCUUGCAGUGUCAGUGGAGGCAUGAGCAAGGAGCUGCGACACCUGCUCAAACCAGAGCGGCUGAAGGCCAUGCUCAAGGAGUACGGCUGCUAUCCGGAGAAGUACAGGUUCCUCAUUUGGACAUCCCUCUUGGACCUGCCUUGCAAUGGCCCACAGUUCCAGGCCCUCAUCAAACUAGGAGCACCUCUCAUGGUCAGAAAUCAGGCCAAGAAGCUGAAGGUUCGCAACGAUGCCCAGCGGCGUGUUGUGAUCAAGAUCUGGAGCUGCCUGGCCCAAUGGUGCAAGGUCCUAGCCCACGCGGACUUUAUGCCGCAUCUCAUAUACCCAUUCGUAAAGCAGUUGCCCAAAAACAGUCUGGUUUCCUUCGAGGUGAUCGCUACUCUGAUUCUGAACCACUUCCAGUUGUGGUUCGAGUUCCAUCCGCUGCCUCCCUCCAAUUAUCUGGCCAUGUGCGAAAAUAUCCUGCUGCACUGCGACGAGCAGCUCUGCAAGUUUUACAAAUCCCAGGAGAUCUUGGCCAAGGAUUUCGCCUGGCCCCUUCUAAGCACCGCCUUCUCCGAGGUCCUUGAGGAGCAGCUGUGGCUGUCGUUGUGGGACAACAUCGUCUCAGAACAGCCCUGGUUUCCCGUCUUCCUGGUGGUGGCCUACAAUUUGAUUCAUCGAGAGAUCAUCAUACGACUUCCGGACAAACGAUCAGUCCUCCUCUUCUUCCACGAUCAGAAUCCAGUGGACAUUGGCAAACUUCUUUCCAAGGCGCGCAAACUGAUGGCCAAAUGUGAUCUUGCUCUUCACCCACAGCGUUUCAUGCAAAGCUUCAGUUCAAUUCCCAAGGGUGUGUAUCCCAAGUUCCUGAAGUAUCCCAGCGAGUGGAUCGAGCAGCAAGAGGAGCAGGCAGUAUCGCUGAUAAAACACAACCAGGAGAUUGAUGCCCGCAUCCGCCACUUGGAGUUGGAGGAGGUGAAAAUCAUGGAACGCCUUGAGAACGGACUCAAGCAGGAGGAGCACGCCCGCCGCCUUAAGGAAAUGGAGAAACUUUAUCAGGACACGAUCCAUCGCGAGGAGGAGCGCAUCACCUGCCAGCGCAAAAUGCUGCUCACCUACCAAAUGGAGGUUCGGCGGCGCAAGAGCGAGGUCAUCACUAAGUUGCAGGAGUCCGAGCAGCGGCGCAAGGUCCUGGAAAUGGAGAAGGAGAUUGACCUGCUGAUGCACAACAUCGAGCGCGAGCGUAGGCGACACAAUCAACAAAUGCAGCUGGCCGAAGAUGAAAUACGCAACCAGGAGAUGGAGCUCCUUGCCCAGCGCUACUACUCCGAUACGCAGGGAGCUCCGCUGGCACAGAAGUACUACGACAAUAUCCAGAAGCUUUGCAGUCAGCGGGAUCAGCUGCAGAGGAAUUUGCGGGAGAUGACCAUGGAACAGCUGCGCACUCCGGCGACCUCAUCCGCGCAAUUCAAUCCCCAGCUGUUGGACAUCGAGAACUCUAUUCUAGAAAUCCAGCGCGAGUUUACGGAAAUCAUAACCACAGAGACAACUACUAGGGAAUGCAGGAGCAAUUUUAACUAAUUAUUAGCAUAACAAAUUGAGGCCUUUUUGUACAAAUAAUUGUCUAAGCUAGGAUUAUUUACAUGGCACCGAAAAAUAAAUAAAUAAUCAAGGCACCUUGA